AUGGAACUCCUUUCAUCUAAAGGCAGAUUAAUCCCUAACUACAACUGCGACAUCCAGAAAUACCCAGUAGCAAUAAUCGGAGGACCUGACACUGACGUAUGCCUUCACGUGGCCAUCAUUCUGCACAUCUACAAGUUUCCUCAGUUGACGUAUGGUUCUGCUCCAAUAACAAAUAAGGACAAACAGGCUGGUUUCUAUCACCAAAUGUUUCCUAAUACGGACCAUCAGUAUAAGGGAAUUCUUCAGCUGCUACAGCAUUUUAAGUGGACGUGGAUUGGGGUCGUGUCUGCGACUAAUGAAAAUGGGGAGAAGUUUGAACAAAAUGUGGUACCAAUGUUUGCCAAGAGCGGGAUCUGCUUUGCCUUCAUCGAAAGAACCCCAGUCAUUUCUUAUUCCACUGACAUUGUCAAUAUGGUGAAAGAAGGGAUGGAAACGUACACUAUUAUCAUGAACAGCACUGUCAAUUCAGUCUUAGUGCAAGGUGAAAUUGUUGUAAUGAUAGUUAUGAGAAUGUUUCCGACUGUGUCAAAAUUUGAAGAGAUACCAUUACAAGAAAAUAGUAAAAUCAUCAUUAUGACAGCCCAGAUGGAUUUUGCAUCUCUUCCCUUUCAGAGGUGGGAAGACCUAGAUUUUCUCCAUGGUGCUCUAUCCUUUGCAGUUCAUUCAAGAGAGAUCCUUGGGUUUCGAGAAUUUCUUCAGACAAUAAAACCAAACUUCAGUCAAGAAGAUGGCUUUAUUAGGGUUUUCUGGAAGGAGGCGUUUGGAUGUAUGUUCUCAGGCUCCAUGGUAGAUGGGGAACCCAACUCCAUGAUGGACAGUCAACCGACCUGCACUGGGGAGGAGAAGCUAGAGACCCUCCCUGCAUCUGUUUCUGAAAUGGACAUGACAGGCCACAGCUACAGCAUCUACAAUGCAAUCUAUAUAUUGGCACAGGCAUUGCAUGUUGCUCAUUCAGAUUCCUUCAAACAUAGAGCAAGAAGAGGCAAAGUAAGAUUUAUGGAACUUCUGAAACUUCACCCAUGGAAGGCCCGGCCACUUUCUCUGUGUAAUCACUAUUGCCAGUUGGGUUAUGCUAAGAGCAAAAUAGAAGGGAAGCCAUUUUGUUGCUAUGAUUGUCUUCGCUGUCCAGAGGGGAAGAUUUCCAAUGUGAUAGGCAGAUUAAUUCCUAACUACAACUGUGACAUCCAGAAAUAUCCAGUAGCAAUAAUUGGAGGACCUGACACUGAUGUAUGUCUUCACGUGGCCAUCAUUCUGCAGAUCUAUAAGUUUCCUCAGUUGACGUAUGGCUCUGCUCCAAUAACAAAUAAGGACAAACAGGCUGGUUUCUAUCACCAAAUGUUUCCAAAUGUGGACCAUCAGUAUAAAGGAAUUCUUCAGCUGCUGCAGCAUUUUAAGUGGACCUGGACAGGGGUCUUGUCUGCGAAUAAUGAAAAUGGGGAGAUGUUUGUACAAAAUAUGGUACCAAUGUUUGCCCAGAGCGGGAUCUGCUUUGAUUUCAUUGAAAGAUUCCCAAUCAUUACUUAUUCCACUGACAUUGUCAAUAUGGUGAAAGAAGGGAUGAAAAUGUACACUGUUGUAAUCAACAGCACUGUCAAUUCAGUCUUAGUGCAAGUUCAUUCAAGAGAGAGCCUAGGGUUUCGGGAAUUUCUUCAGACAAUAAAACCAAACUUCAAUCAAGAAGAUGGCUUUAUUAGGGUUUUCUGGAAUGAGGCAUUUGGAUGUGUGUUCUCAGGCUUCAUGGUAGAUGGGAAACCCAACUCCAUGAUGGACAGUUAA